UAUUGGUCUUAUUUAAUAUUGGCCUGCUUAAUACUGCCACAAAACAAUUUCGUUUCUAAGAAUAAAAACUGAGGAAAAAAAUAAAAAACAUAAAAUAUAAACGAUUUUACAAAUUUUAUUGUUCUCAAAGUUGAUAUAAAUCAACUGUUUUACUAUUACAGUCUUCCAUAACAGUUCUAUUUCUCGGCACCUUUACGACCCGUUGAACGUCACGUUCGCAUCGAAACAACUCUUUAUAAUUCCCGAUAGCCGCGAGGAGUCGAUUCAUUCAUGGAAGCUUAAAAUAGAUUUAUUCCCAUAAUGUUUAAGUUAAACGAAAUCCAGCGCCGUUGCCUGAAUAUCCACUGCCGACACUGACGUACACAGUCGAGUUAAAUCGAUACGUAACUCGCACAUAAAUUCGCUUACUGCACAGAUGCGCAUGCUCGGAGAUAUUUACCACGGAACCCUGUAGCGACUGCGACCAACGACAUUCAUGCUUUCCAUACUCACUCGCAUUAACGCAGUCUCAGUUCGUUUGUAUCGCAUGGUAGAGGGACGCAGGGAUCGUUGUUUCAUUUCAUAAUUUCCCCAGUAAACAUCGCAUCAGCUGUCAGACUAAGCUACCUUAUAUAUCCUGAAGAAAUGUUACAUUUAAUCCAUGAUUCCGUAGAGAUUGCACUAGCUAUAUUUAAAGAAACAGACGUAUCUUUUGUUUUGAAAAUGUGCAGAGGCAGUGCAUAACGCAUGUAGUCCUAAGUCAUGUACUGUCAACAUUGUUAACUCAGUGAUCAGUGUUAUUGUAAAAGAAUGCGUUCCUUGUCCAAUGUUCCGUUACUUCAAGACAGAUGAGUGCACUUCUAAACUCACUCAGGAACUUGACGAGUUCAGGAAAAACCACUACAGCGGGAGAGAGCGGUGCGCGCUUUAGCGUAACGCCUGGGGGAAGCGGCGACGGACCCGGAGAAGGCGGAUAUGCGGAAUGGCUCCAUGCUAUGAGACUUGUGGCCCGUCUGCCUGCUGGAGUCCCCCAACAUUUUCGUAAGAAGCUAUGGUUGACCUUGGCCGAGAGAAAUUUAACCGCACGCGGCGUGGAUUGGCUGGUAGCAGAGCGAGCUUGCUUCCGAGGAACUGCCCAACCAGAUGACACUGAACUUGGGGCACAAAUACUUAAAGACUUACAUCGAACGGGAUGCUCUUUAUUUUGUGGUGCCGAAGGAAGAGAAAAUCAAGCUAUGCUUCGGAGAGUUUUGUUAGCAUACGCGAGGUGGAAUAAGGAGGUUGGGUACUGUCAAGGCUUUAAUAUGUUAGCAGCGAUCAUUCUGGAAGUUAUGGAUAAAUCCGAAUCGGAUUCUCUAAAGGUAAUGAUAUACUUAGUGGAAGCGGUUCUACCCGAAGGAUAUUUCGCAGAUGACCUUCGAGGACUUUCAGCAGAUAUGGCAGCGUUCAGAGAUUUACUACGGCUACGUUUACCGCGACUGGCACAUCACAUGGAUCAUCUACAGAGAAUAUCGGAUGGUGGCGGCAUAGAACCUCCACUGCCUGAUGUGUUUACUAUGCAAUGGUUUUUAACAUUAUAUGCAACAUGGCUACCUCGCGAGUCACUCCUUAGGAUAUGGGAUUUAAUACUUCUCGAUGGAAAUGAAGUUUUACUGUUAACAGCACUCGCUAUAUGGGACAUGCUACAAGACCGGAUCUUGUCUGCGCGUUCAGCUGACGAAUUUUACAGCUGUAUGGGUGGUGGUGCCGGUGCAGUUUGGGAAGCUGGAGACUCCCUUGUCGCUAGAGUCGUGGCAUUUGGCUCUGCACCAGAACUACCCAGAUUACGAAGCCUUCAUCGCUACAGAGUUGCUCCGCCAGCACCACCGACAACAGCUCCCAUAUAUUAUCCACCCAUACAAUCUGCGAUGCAAUCAAUGACUAAAAGAGGAUUACGAUUAUUUUAUUCAGAGGAUGAAGGUGAUUCCAGUGAUGAUGGAAACAAAAUGGCACUAGCAACGGUGAUGCCAAGAAAAGAAGAACGCAUAGGUGCAGGAGAUAGACUGACUUUAGAUAUAGGUGCUUUGAAACGCCAGUACGCUCGCUUGCGUGAGCGACAAAGACAAGCUCAUGUGAUAUUGGCUGCUGCGUGUGCCAGACAUGCGGCAGUUGGAGUGCCCACUUCGCCGACUUCCCUGACAGUUAAUAAUCUUCUACUGGGAAAAAGUGCCAUUGUUAGUUCACGAGGACGACGAUUAGGAGCCCCGCCCGGAGCAAUACCACCUUUACGGCAGUCAAAGAUAGUUGAAAAAAGUCCAGAAGUUGGACCACGAGCUCGUUCGAAUGAAACAAUUAGUUGGAAUGAAGAAAAGAGCCGUAAAUCACUUAGCAGAAGGAAUUCUGUUAAGUGGAAGGAUAUCAGAAAAGAUAAAUCAUUUGAACGUAAGAGAAAAACGUCAAUAGAUUUAGACGAAAUUGGAGGUGGGGUAAUUGUGUCUGAAAUUGAAGCUAAUCAAAUGAUAGCAUCGAUAAGAUCAAGGAGUUCUAGUGAAACUUCCACUUAUUCUUCAAACACUUCGAGUACCGAUACAAGUCUUUGUGAUGAAAAUGAACGCGGUAGUGAUUCUGAACCGGAUAUUUCAGAUGACGGUAAAGAAAAAAGAAAAGAAUCUUCCGGGAUAAAGGGCACUCAUUUGCAUAAAGGGUACCCGAUGGUUUUGAAAGAAACAAAAAUUGCACCCUGCAAUCCUUUGAAAGAAGAAUCUGGGUUCAAUAAUGAUAACAACAAACUCUACAAUUGCAGUGAACAAUCUAUAAAAUCUAUAACAGAAUAUCUUGACUCUGCUGCAGGGAAACCUCUUCGUACUUACAUUGGCGGGUUUGAAACUAAACUAAAAGAUAGCUUGAAUAUAGAUAAUGAAUGUGACGAUUCUCUUAAAAGAAAUGUUUUACCACAAUCUUCUAGUCUAGUUUCAGAUAAAAGUGACAUUUUACAAAGAAACUGUUCCAUGAAUUCAUCAGAUUUAAUGCCGCCUACAAAUAUUCCCAAAACUGCUAACAAUUUUACUGACCUAAGUCCUAUUGACUUGUCGCCUUAUAAUUACAAUAAGUCACCAUUUGACUACGAUUUUGCAUCCAACUUUAUACGUCCAGUAAAUACGGAAGCUUCACCAUCUAUAAGACCCCCGGACAUAAUUGAUUCUUUUACUAUGUAUCCUAACUUCGUACCUGAUAUAGAUUUAUCUGAUAAGAAUAUAUCGGAUGUAGACAGUCCUCCAAAAAGCCCCGGUGCUGAAAGUAUCAUAGUGAGUGAAGAUGAGCCACCCAUACCAUUAAAGAUUGACAAAUAUUUUGAACACAGUCCAGAGUUUUUCGGUGCUCGAAUCACUGACCCAAACAGCACAGAAAUACCGAACAGACGAGCUACAAGAAGACUUUCACGGCAACCUAAAAAACCUGAUUCCUUAACAUUACAAAGUAACCUAAAUGAUAGAAAAUUUAAAGAGGAAACCGAAAGAGCUUCUUCGUUGCCUCAAAGUCAUAGUUUUCAAAAUAAAUCUUGCGACCUAGUAGAAAUCAUACCUAAAGUACAAGUGCUUGAGUUGACUGAUCAAACAAAAUACGAUCAAAGUUCUAAUUCUCCAAAAGAAUAUCUUUCAACAAUCGGUAGGAAAAAUAGUGAAAGAGCUUUACAAAUUAUUCAAGAAAAUUCUAAAAUUUUAAGUAGAAUAUUAACAAAACAAAACAUUUCUGAAACUCCAUAUUUUAAUCAAAGCCUCAGUCCUAAUGUAAGCGAAGAAAAAUCAGAUAAACUCACAAGUUUGCAAUGUUAUAAAAUACCAGAAAAAACUACUCUACUAAAAGAAUCUACCUCAGACUCAUUGAUUGGAUACCGGAAAAGGUAUUCAAAAAAUGAUCAUAACGAUAACGACUUUAUGAGAAUAAGACCGAUAUCCAUUGAUGAUCCAUUUUCUUUAGAAUCUCGAAACGUAGCAUUAGCAAAAACAGAAGACUUUAAAACAACAAAAAGUCCGAGUAGUGAAUGCUUAGGUAAUAAAACAGAUUGUUAUGGAUGGGAAAAUAAAGCUUUUUUAGGUAAAUGUGAAUUAAAUAAAAUCAUAGAAAAGUCAGAAAUUAACUCCAUAAACAAUCCUGGUCAGAAAGGAAACGAAUUAUCCAGUCAGAGUGACUAUAAAAAAGAAAUAAAUUCUUCCACAACUCCAGUCUGGAUGAAGCGAUCUUUUUCGCGUGAAUCGAAAACUUCGGUGACGUUGCCAUCAACGGAAACGAGAGAUACUUCCUAUGACCGUAAAUUUGGUUCGGAUGAAUAUAGUUAUCCACUGUCCAAAAAAUAUAAUGACUUUGUUAUUUCUAGGGCUAGUGAUAUAUGUAGUGAAACGGUCAACGAAGGACCAAAAAUCUGUGAAAAAAUAUCUAAGACUGAAAACAGCCAAGUUAGUGAUUUUGCUCAUGUUGUGACUUCUUCUAUUAGUUUCACUUAUGAACCUUCCUUAGACGACGAUUCUGGUGGGGCAAAAAGUAAUUCGAGUGACACUUUGUGUCAAAUUACUUCACUUGAUCAAGUUUCUACUCCAAUCUCACCUAAAAUAUUCCCAAAGGAUACCUCAUCUAUGCCAAGAGAACAGUGCGAGCGGGUAGAUAAAACCAAAGCAGACUCUGACGAUACGUGUAGUGCAAUAACUUCUCUUAUAGAAACAGACACACUAUCUUCUCUUUCAUACCCUCAGAGUCCGUCAACAGGUUCUUACCACCCAUUCCCUGCACGUCCAGUCAUGCGUAUGCCUAAAGAAAUUGGAGUGAAACUUGGAAUGUAUCCAAAAGAUGUCAUUAGUUCUCCACCAAAACAAUGAGACUUAAGUUUUUGAGCUGUUUUAUUAAUAACCUCUUACAAGCACCCUCAAAUUCUUCAAACUUCCUUAGUCUUUUUUUUUAUUCGAUCGUUUAAUAACUUUCAAAAUAUUUUUAUCACUAAUUUUUUUUGCAAAGUUCGGUUCUUCGAACGAAACACAUUUUAUUUACGUCAAGUUAAAUGACGUGAUAUUUGCUAACAGUAUUGAAAUCAUAAAUGUACUAUUAAAACCAAACAUGAUGUCAAACAUAAAAUUCAAAUAAAUCACAGCACUGGUAAAGUGAAGGAUUAUUGAUUUGUUAGAAUAUAGUAUAAUAUUUUUCAUAAUUCAACUAAAAUUAUUAAAUAAAUGUGAACAUGUUGCCUUGAAACCAAUUUAAGUGAAGAAUUGUGAAAAUAUCCAUACAAUAUGGAAUUGUAAAUCAAUAAAUUUAGAUGUAGACUAUAUUAUAUAUAGACGGUACAAUAUUGUUUAUUAUGUACUUAAACUGUUAAAGAUAAAAUAAACGUAAUAAUGAUUUUAAAACUCGACACGGCAAAAUGACGAUUGCUUUAUUUAUUACAUUUCAUUUAUAAUACAAAAUACAAUAACUUUAAUUAAAUAAAAAUACGAUGCGAUCGCUAUAAA